AUGUUCGUCUCGAGUGCGAGUGACCGCGAGAUGAUGGAGGAGGUCCUGGAGCUGCUAGCGACCGACAGCCCCAACGACGAUGACAACACUGUUGCUAGCAGCCGAAGCAGUAGCACCGCCACCAACCAUUCGAGCAUCGACUACCAUUCAACGAACGGCACGAGCCAAGACCACCGAGGGAGAAGCGAGUUUUUGGACUGGAGCGAGGUGGCCAUGAGUCCACGUUGUGACUGUGAAGAGGAGGAGAAGGACGCAAGGCACCCAGUGCCUGGACGGUCAUCAACGCAGGCGCAGAGGCAGAGAAGAGAGGCAGUUCUAGGCGUGGAGCAGCAGAUGCCGUCAAUGUAUUGCUCUAAUGCCUUUUCUUUUUGA